AUGGGCUGCGUAUCCAGCAAGAGAAAAACUGGUUCGACUUCAUCGAGUUCGAUCAUGUUCAAAGUUACAAACAUAGAUUACAGUGGUAAUGAAAUAAACCAUGGUCAAAUUGAAAUCACUGACAGCGAUCUGGUAAUGCAUUAUGCAAAUGAAAAAUCAAACAUUUCAUGUCCACUGAGGACAAUCCGACGCUACGGAUAUGAAGAUUUUAUGUUCUGCUUCGAAGCUGGCCGCUCGUCUCCCUAUGGUGAAGGAAUAUUUGCAUUUAGAAGUAAAGAUGCAGAAAAUAUUUUCAAUUCUAUCAAAGGGAAAUUGCAGAUUUUAAAUGAAACGAAUAUGGCUAAAGAUAUGUCCUCUGAAGUACAUUUUUAUUCUGGCCAACCACGCACAAACAAAGAUAAGCUUGAAGAGGUUUAUGAUGAAGUCAAAUUUAGUGGAAUAAAAAGCCGCAAAGAAUCAAGCAAGAACGAAGAAUCUCCAUACCUCGAUUUAAGCAUUCCGCCCUGUGCUACAUAUGAAAAUAUGUUAAGCCCCAAUGAAAAUAACGAGUUGGUAUAUAGUGGUAAUUCUUAUGUGACUCCUAAAGAAGAAGUUACUUAUACUGAAGUUGAAAUUGCUGUUUGUAAGACUAAAAAUAAGAAAGAGUUGCCAGUUCCCCCUAAAAAAGAAACAACAGAAUAUACGGUUAUUGAUUUUGAACGUACAAGACACUUAACUAACAGAAAUUUGUUCAAAUCUCCUUAUCAACCAGGUACAAUAAGAACUAGACAUGAUAUUGGAGCAGUUACUCCUUAA